AUGGCAAACAAGGAGGUAAUUUUAGAGAUCGAAGACAAAGAUGAUGAUGAGGACAUUCAAAUAGUGUCAGCAACAUAUGUUUCACCUGAUGGGAGUUCAAAAGCCAAGAAACUGGAGAAAAUCGUUGAUGUUAUGAGGGAAGGGAACAAAUCUCGUGACUAUACAGGUGAGGAAAUCGAGAAAGAGUUAGAGUUGAUGGGUUUGGAUGACAAUGAAUUCGCAGAUGCUUUCAUAUAUUUGUUGUGUAAUCAAGCCGACGCUAGGACAAUUUUUAGUUCAUCAAUGAAGAUGUGA